UGGUGGGCUCUGCUCCUCUGCUCCCAGCUCUUUGGACAAAAUGUACGAACGCCACAAGAGGCGAUACAGCCUGUGCGACAUCUCCAAGGUGGACAGGACUGUAGAUGUUGUGUUGUUGAAGAUAAACCGUGGGAGCUGGUGUCCGCUGGAGCCGUGUCCUGACCCCUCCCUGCUGGAGCGCAAGCGCACGCGAGAUUCUCCAGAAUGUGAGAACUUCUUGGAGGAUGGGCUGAGCAGCGUCUGUGCCUCGUCACAGGGUGCUCUCAAAAGAGAGUCUGGGAGUGAGUCUGACCUCUUCCCCUUGCCUGGUGAUGGGAUGGAAGACCUUGUCUUUGGGAAGCAGCCUGAAGAGGAGCAGUCUGCCUGCGAUGUCACCAGCUCCAGCUCCUCUGCAGACGACACCGUGUCCCUGGAGAGGAACUCAUCCCUGGGCAGCGACACGUCCCUCCCCUUCCCACCCGUGGGGAGCUUCGCCCAGCCCAAGGACAGGCACAGCCUGGAUGGCAGCUGCACCAACAUGGUGUCCUCAGAGGGAGGAGAGAAGGAAGAGGAGCUGGACAGCAUCACGGACGUGCCCACGCCCUCGUCCGUCCUGCGCGGCUCCAUGCGGCCGCUGUCCCCGUUCCGCCGGCACAGCUGGGGGCCCGGCAAGAAUGCCACCAACGAGGCAGAAAUCAAUCAGAGGAGUUCAAUGCGAAUUCUGGGGGAUGGUAUAAAGAAGCCUCCCAUUCAUAGGAGAAGUUUGAGCUGGUGUCCCUCAGGCGUACAGUACCUUGCCAUGGGUCCUGACUUUACUUGUAGAAGUUACAGCCUAGAAGGCCUUACUGGAGACUCUGGUGAGAACAAGAAGCCCUCUACAAACCUGGAGGCUUCUUCCCUGAGCUCCAAAGACCUCAGGAGGAGUCCCCUUGCCAGCAAUCAGUCCCUGGUGCUGCUCGCUGAGGAGCUCGAGCAAGGAGAAAUCAGAGACUACAACCACCAGGUGCAUCAGGCAUCACAGCCACAAGGAUUUAACUUCUGCACUUCUGCUGCUUCAUCUCCACUGACCAAAUCCAUGUCUCUAAUGUCAAUUAGCAAACCAGUGCUCGACAGUACGCAGUCGUUGGGCGGCUCCAUGGGCUCCUCUGUGCAGAGCAUAUCUGAAGAGAGCAGCAGUGUGUCUGCUGGUAAAGGUGUAACAAAAGUCAGCCGCACCUUCAGCUACCUCAGGAAUAAAAUGUCCAGCAGCAAGAAGAGCAAAGAAAAAGAGAAAGAUAAAGAGAAGACUAAAGAGAAGGACAAGGAUUCCAAGGAGAAGGAAAAAGAUAAGAAGCUGUUGAAUGGACAUCUCUUCACUGCAACCUCUGUUGUAGCCCAAGCAACCUGUUACCACUGUAUGAAGCCUUUCAACAAGGAUUCGUACUACUGUGCAAACUGUAAUGCAAUUGUUCAUAAAGGCUGUAAGGAGAAUUUUGCUUCUUGUGCAAAGGUCAAAAUGAAGCCACAGAGAGGGAUGCUGCAGGCACAUGAUACCUCUUCAUUACCAACAGUAACCAUGAGAAACAAAAGCUCGCAGCCCAAGGAGCGCCCGCGCUCCGCGAUCCUCGCGCCCGACGAGAGCUCCGUCACCUCCAGCUUCAGCAACAGGAGAUCACAGCAGCCCUCUGCGCUCUCCAAAAGUGUCUCCAUACAGAACAUUGCAGGAGUUGGGAAUGAUGACAGCUUAAUACACACUUGGAAAUUCCUGUCGCAGUCAACAGACUCUUUACAUAAAAUCAGCCGGGUUAAUGAAUCCAUGGAGUCACUGGUUGAUGAAGGUGCAGACAUGAAUGAAGGACAGCUCAUGGGAGACCUGGAAUUAGAUUCCAAGCAGCUGGAGGCAGAGUCCUGGAGCCAAGCAGUGGACAGCAAGUUCCUACAGCAGCAACACAAGGAUGUUGUGAAACGGCAAGAUGUGAUUUAUGAGCUAAUGCAGACAGAAAUGCACCAUGUCCGCACCCUGAAGAUCAUGAACGAUGUGUACAGUGCAGCCAUGAUGAAGGAACUGCAGUUUGAUCAGCAAGCAGUGGACAAGCUCUUUCCCUGCCUGGAAGACUUGCUGCACAUCCACAGUCAGUUUUUCCAGCGGAUUCUGGAAAGGAAGAAGGAGUCACUGGCAGACAAAAGUGAAAAGAACUUUGUUAUCAGGAGGAUAGGUGACAUCCUAGUGAAUCAAUUCUCUGGGGAGAACGCUGAGCGGAUGAAGAAAACGUACGGCAAAUUCUGCGGGCACCACAACGAGGCUGUCAAUUACUUCAAAGAUCUUUACAAGGACAAGCGCUUUCAGGCAUUUGUCAAGAAAAAAAUGAGCAGCUCCCUGGUGAGGCGCCUUGGGAUUCCUGAAUGCAUCUUGUUGGUAACACAGAGAAUCACAAAGUACCCAGUCCUUUUGCAAAGGAUACUGCAGUACACCAAAGAAAAUGAAGUGGAACAUGAAGACUUGACUCAGUCGUUAAAUCUUGUUAAAGAUGUGAUUGCUGCAGUCAACAGCAAAGUCAGCAAAUAUGAAAAGAAAAAGCGCCUUGGGGAGAUUUACAACCGGACAGACAGCAAGUCCAUCAUGAGGAUGAAGAGUGGCCAGAUGUUUGCAAAAGAGGACUUGACGCAUCGGAAACUCAUCCGAGAUGGGCCUGUUUCACUAAAGAACUCAGCUGGCCGGUUAAAAGAAGUCCAGGCUGUUCUCCUCUCUGACACGCUCGUGUUCCUUCAGGAGAAGGACCAGAAGUAUGUCUUUGCCUCACUGGACCAGAGAUCCACUGUGAUCUCUCUGAAGAAGCUGAUUGUUCGAGAAGUGGCUCAUGAAGAGAAGGGUUUGUUCCUGAUCAGCAUGGUUGGGAAGGAUCCUGAGAUGGUGGAAGUCCACGCCAGCUCCAAGGAAGAGCGCAACGGCUGGAUACAGAUCAUUCAGGACACAAUGCACACCAUGGAUAGAGAUGAAGAUGAAGGAGUCCCUUGUGAGUCUGAGGUUGAAAAGAAAUUGUCCGAUGCGAAAGUGAGAGGACUGAAAGAACAACUUCAGCAGAAGGAUAAACAGAUCCUGCUCUUGCUGGAGGAGAAGACGAAGAUCUUCCAGGACAUGGCAGACUGUUCUGUGCAGGAGGAGACACAAGGCUCCAGGCAGCUCUUCAGAGCCAGCACAGAAGAGGCUCCAAAAGGAGAGGAAAUCAUGAAAUCAGCAAUAAAUGAAGUUGAAGUGCUGCAACACCUGGUGAGCAGGAGCCUGGGCACUGCCCUUGGACAGCAGGUCAGCAGCACUGCCAUGGACCAGGAGGGAGGAGUUGGCCCCAUCUCACUCCCUAGAAGGGCAGAAACUUUUGGAGGAUUUGACAGUCAUCAGAUGAACGCCUCCAAGGGUGGAGCGAAAGAUGAAGGCGAUGAUGCUCAGGACCUCCGGAGAACAGAGUCAGACAGCAUUUUAAAGAAGGGUGGAAAUGCUAAUUUGAUGUUCAUGCUGAAAAGGGAUAACGAGCAGGUCCUCCAAAGCAUCACCAGCCUCCAUAAGCUGCUCACUGCUUUGCAGGGCGUGGUGCUGCAGCAGGACACCUACAUCGAGGACCAGAAGCUGGCUCUGAGCGAGAGGGCUCUGAGCCGAGGCUCCUCCCGGCCCACCUCGCUGCUGGAGCAGGAGAAGCAGCGCAGCCUGGAGAAGCAGCGCCAGGAGCUGGCCAACCUGAAGAAGCAGCAGACGCAGCACCAGGAGGAGAGGAGGAGGAGGGAGAAGGAGUGGGAAGUGCGUGAGAAGGAGCUGGCGGAGCGCGAGGCCGAGCUGGCGCAGCGCGAGGAGCAGCUGCAGAGGCAGAGGCAGGAGCUGGAGCGCGAGCGGGAGGAGCUGCAGGUGAAGAAGGCGGCCUACCAGCUCGACCUGGAGAGGCUGCGCGCCGCCCAGAAGCAGCUGGAGAGGGAGAAGGUGCAGCUGAAGCAGGACGUGGAGAGAUUUGCUCAGAUGCGGCAGGAGCCUGACCACAACCAGGUUUCAAAUCUACAUGAGAAACUUGCCAGAGUCUCCUCCCAGUCCAGCAUUGAUGAGUCCUCCAUGCAGAAGAACCCUUCCCUUCCUAAACAAGGGCACUUUGAUGCAGAACUGUCUGUCUCCCCCAAAAGGAACAGUCUUUCAAGGACACACAAAGAGAAAAGCACUUUCCAUUUGCUUAGCACAACAAACCAGACUAACAAGGCAGCUGAGGAGCAGACCCAGAUGCCUACUCGCCUCUUCAGUUUAGCCAAACCAAAGGAGAAGAAGGAAAAGAAGAAGAAGGGCAGGGGACAUCGCUCCCAGCAGCCUGAUUCUCACUCGUCAGAAGCACCUGCAGAGGGUGAGGAGAUCUUCUGCUGAGCAUGGACUGUUCCAGUGGUGGCACUGGCACCGUGGACAUCUCCCUGCCUGUGACACAGCCCGUGGCUGGUGCCUGCGCUGGACGAGCAUCUGGAGGUUUUAAACAAAAAAAAAGUUCUGAAGUCUGCUAAGUGGUGGAUAAGGGCCUCUCUCCUGUGGUUCUAGGUGAAUUCUCCCUGCAGAGGCUGUGCAUCUCCCUGUGCAAACCUGGGGUCAAACGGAUUGGGAUAGAUGUUGUCUGUCUCUACUUACUGCUAAAGAAUGAGAGAACAUAGCCUUAAGGGGUCUGUGCCUUCAAAUUCCCCUUUUCUGGGGAAAAGAACCAAAACCAAUCAUUUAGCAAAAGAUUAGGACUCUACAAAUGGUGCAUACACACUGGCAUAUAUAGAUAUCCUGUAUAUGUACAUCUAUGUAUCCACUGGGAUAUGCUUGCAGUCCCUACAGCCAAGGUCCACCCAUGGGGAUGGAUGAUACCUGAGGACUUUCAGGGAGUGUGUAGAUAUUAAAUAUCUUGCCCUUACUGCUCUUGCUGUAACAGUGACCUGCACACCCCUUUUGUGCUGAUGGGACAGGGGAUGUUUGGUUUCAGAAGGGUGCAUUACACCAGGAAGCAGUAACAGCAUUCAGAAGCAACAACUCAGAGGAUAAAAAUUAAAAUUUAAAAUCAUUCUGAAUGAUUUCUGUGGGACAGAGGAAUCAAAUGUCAAACUGUUUCUAGAGUCCAGCAGAACAUUAUUGGGUAGAUUUAAAAUGGCACAGAAAAGAGAAUUUUGGUAGGCUGGUAAGGCAAUCCCAGGGAGCCAGAACAGGCUGUUGAAAUGGAAACAACAGUAAGCAACAUUUUUUUACACAAUCUCUUUGAGCUCCAGCUCACUCCCUCCCAUCCCCGAAGUAAAAAUUAUGUUUUUGCCAGAAUAGAGCUCUCCAGUUGCAUUUGACAUCCCCAUACAAGGCUAGUGACUGAGGGGGGGGGUGGCUAAAAAUCUGCUUUUAUGGAUCUUUGUUCAGUUCUUUGUGUUUUUCUUAGCCUGCUUUUUGUGCUGCUGUUGGGCUUCUGUUUGUCUGGAUUUUGCCACUCGCCCUGCUGGUUUCUGAGGCAGAGUGAGAGCAGCAGUGUCUGGGCAGGUCAGUGAGACAGGGCAGGCUCCAGGGAGGUGGCUCCUGUCCCUGUGGCUGUGCAAUACCGGGCAUUGGGAACCAUUUCUGGGGAGAAGAAGGUUCUGAUGGACAAACCCCCUGUGGGACAGGUCUGGAGGCCGGUGUGGUGCGUCCCCAUGGCCUCUGGGGUGGAGUGUCUGUGCAGAACAGGAAGGUCCAAGGGCAGCUCUUGCUGUGCCAGCUGUGGGGUGUCUGCAGAGUUGUGGAAUAUAGGCAUGUGUUCAGUGGGGGAGGAGAAAUGCAACAAGAUAUUCUUUUCUCAAAAGUCACCUUUCUUCCAAACCCUGUCAGGAGAAUUACCCAAGUGGAUUUGUAAAUGGUUACCCGCUUCAAAAUAGGUCAAGGUUUUGCUCAAGAGUUUGAAGCUGUCAUGUACAUUUCCUUUCCUACUAAUUUGGUUUUUUUUUUCUUUGAAAUGAAAAAAUAAUUUCUCUUCUUGUACUAUUGUUUGAUUUCAGUUUGCUCUCAGGCUUGUCAUGAGCUGGUGACCCACAGCAAUUUUCAGAGUUAGUGCUGAUGAGUAUCAGCAGCAUUGAUGGUGAGGUGGAUGCUUGGGCUGGGCUGUCUUGGUGCAGGAACCCUGCUUGCUUUGGAAGCUCUCUACACUAUUAAAACUCAAAAGAAAAAGAGAAAAAAAA